UUUCUCCCUCCAUCUCCUUGUCGUUCUUCUCCACCUCGAUCAUUGAUAGCCCCCAGACGGCUUGGCUCUAACCAUGUCGACUUCUUCAACGACCUCGACCACUGGGUCGACGAGCUCGGUUUCGAGUUCUUCGGAUGCCGUGGCUUCAUCGCCGGGGGCGAUGACGGUCACAACCACUAUGUUUACGCCCAGUACGACAGGCGGCCCGCCUACAAGACCUUCUGAUCAGGGAGGAAAUCAAGGAGGAGGAAAUCAAUUUGCAUCUUCUGCGGCUUCAAACUUGUAUCUAUAUACUUUCUUAGCCACGCUUGUACUGUUACUUUUAGUCUCGGGUGCCGUCAUAGUCCGCUCAAUAAUGAUCCGAGUCAGAGCCCGCCGUGCAAUCGAGGAAUCUAUCCGGAAUGGAACAUAUGUUCCUCCACCACCUCGUCCAGGAUCAACAAAUGCACCAAAGCCAGUAUUUUAUGAUGCGCAUCUGAAAGAAAAGGACAUGGAUGUACUUACAGAUGAGAAGAAUGGGAAAUGGGACGGCGUUGUGCCGGUUGCCGCUGUUUUCGUUCCAUCUACUUCUCAACCUACUUUACCGCGCCCUGCAACAUCUCCUCAAUCAACAACUCGCACGAAUCGUACCGCAAGUCGGUUUCGUAUUCUGAAUCCAUUCCGAACGGUGUACCUGCAAGAUAUCUUGGAUGAACUCGCUUCACGAGACCUUCAUGCGCGGAUGGCCCUGCAACAACCACAGCAGCCCUCACAAGCCGAGCUCGCUGCAGCUGCUUUCGACGCCCCUUCGCCGCCGCCUCCACCUUCUUCUGGCGAUGGUGGUAACACUGAACAGCCAGAGAUAGAUCCUCCCUCGGCUGUGCGUGUAGCGGUGCUCAUAGCUAUGCCCGACCCAGCCCAUCCGACAAAUAUCAAUUUACAACAUGAUGAGACACGCUCGCAAUCGUCAGCAGCAUCGGGAUCAACUUCCUCGUCCAAUAAAGGAAAGACGCCUGCUUCCUCUGAAUCUGAAACGGAGACUACUACCCCUAAGCCCGAUGAGGAACCUGAGAUACCUUAUGUUGAGUUCGGUAUUGCAGACGUUCCGUUGAGUACACCUGCGAAAUCGGUAUUGUCGUCGCCAUCUUCAUCUUCUUCGCAGGUCCAGUCUACUGGCACUGACUAGUUCGGUUUGGCGGUUCGGGGGUACGAGUUAUUGUUGUAUUUUCUUGUGGACAGUUGUGUUUUUUUGUGGGUGUAUAAUGUAAUAUGCUGUAUUGCUCUGUACCUACUUAGUUACGAGCUCGUAUGCUUUAUGAAAAGGUGGAAAAAAUCACUCGUAU